CAGCACAAUAGAACGGGGGAAAACGUGGUGUGCAACUGGGACCAUUACUACUGCCAUGAAGGAGAGGUUCACUACUAUAGACGUGUUCUCGGUCCUCCAGGACCUCCGCGAGAGUUUGAUAGGAAUGAGGGUGGCCAAUGUGUAUGAUGUCGACCACAAGACCUACCUCAUCAAACUGGCCAAACCGGACGUGAAGAAAGUGCUCCUGUUUGAGUCGGGGUGCCGGAUACACACCACAGAGUUCGAGUGGCCCAAGAGCAUGCAGCCGUCAGGGUUCAGCAUGAAGUUGAGGAAGCACCUGCGGACCAGGCGACUGGUGGCCAUAUCACAGCUGGGAGUAGACAGAGUCCUGGAUCUCCAGUUUGGCUCCGAGCAGGCCGCCUACCACCUCAUUAUCGAGCUCUAUGACAGGGGCAAUGUAAUCCUGACGGACUGUGACUAUCUAAUCCUCAGUCUCCUCAGAACCAGAACCGAUGCUGAUGCCGACGUUAGGUUUGCAGUCAGAGAGACAUUCUCCCAGGACACCGUCAAGAGAGAGCAGCCCUUGCCCUCCAGACAGCAGUUGGAGCAGGCUCUCUCUGCAGCCAAGAAAGGGGAACAGCUGAAACAUGUGCUCAAUCCUCACUUUGGUAAGUGUGCCUUGAUGAUUAUUACUGUAUGCUCCAUGUAGUUCAGCCUAGUGUGUCCUGAGUCCCCUUAUUGAGUGUAUGGAGCUGCUCUGUUGUCUCACUGUCUUCUCGGAGCUGGCAUCAAAGACACUGCCAAGAUUGGCUCUGGCUUCUAUCUCGAAACAGACAUAGAGAAAGUGAUGGCAGCCGUGGAAGAGGCUGACCAGCUCUUCAGAAAUCUGAGAGACUGCCAGAGCAAGGGGAUUGUGAUACAGAGAAGAGAAGACCGGCCGCAGGUUGCCGGACAACAACCUGGAGGAGCAGAGGAGGAGGGGGAGCCCCUAAUGACGUAGGGCAAUAAUUUACCUCCGCCCCCUUACUUCCUUCCCACUUGCUCUUUAUUCCAAUAGAAAUGUUGAGUUUCAUCCUAUGCUGUUUCGGCAGCAUGCAACAUGCCCAUACAAAGAAUUCCCAACACUCAGCAAGGCUGUUGAUGAGUUUUUCUCAGCACGGACCAGCCAGAAGCAGGACAUCAAAGCUUUGAACGUGCAAAAGACAGCAGUCAAAAAGCUGGAGAAUGUCAAGAGAGACCACAUGAAGAGAAUUGACGAACUUCAGAAGAAGCAGGAACAAGACAGGUACAAAGCUCAACUGAUAGAGUACAACAUUGACCUGGUCGAGAGAGCCAGCACCGUCAUCCGUAGCGCCGUCGCCAACGCCAUGGACUGGGGCGACGUCGAACUCCUCGUUAGAGAUGCUCAGGCCAGGGGCGACCCCGUUGCCUUGGCGAUUCACAGCCUGAAACUAGCCUCUAACGAAGUUACUCUGUUAUUGAGGGAACCAACAGGGGAGGUGGAGGAGGAGGAGGGCGAGGUGGAGGUUGGGGAAGUGAAGAGUAAAAAGAAGAAGCAGUUGAAGGGGACGAAAAUUGAUAUUGACCUAGGAAUGUCUGCCUUCUCCAAUGCCAGAAGGUACUAUGAGCAUAAGAAAAGUGCAUUCAAGAAAGAGCAGAAGACUAUUGCAGCCUCGGAAAAGGCCCUCAAGUCAGCUGAGAAGAAGACAAAACAGACACUGAAAGAUGCCUCCACCAUUGCCAAGAUCAAGAAAGCCAGGAAGAUCCACUGGUUUGAGAAGUUCUACUGGUUCAUCAGCUCUGAGAAUUUCCUGGUGAUUGGUGGGCGGGACCAGCAGCAGAACGAACAGGUGGUCAAACGCUACCUCACCGAAGGAGAUCUGUAUGUUCAUGCUGAUCUGCGCGGAGCUCCAAGUGUCAUCAUAAAGAACACUGGAGGUGGGCCGGUGCCUCCGCGGACUCUGACAGAGGCUGGUAGUAUGGCGGUGUGCUACAGCUCUGCCUGGGAGGCUCGUAUCGUGACCUCCGCUUGGUGGGUGCACAGUCACCAGGUCUCGAAAACUGCUCCUUCAGGAGAAUACCUGACUACUGGUAGCUUCAUGAUCAGAGGACGGAAGAACUUUCUCCCUCCCUGUGACCUGACCAUGGGGUUUGGGUUCCUGUUCAAAGUGGACGAGAUGUGCAUUCAUCUUCACCUGCACGAGAGGCAGAUUGCCACAGACGACCAGCCUUCUCUGGAAAGUGAGUCGGUGAGUGGGCUGAGUCAGCAGGUCUCAGAAGAGGAGGAGGUGCUGGAGGUAGAGGAGGACACCGCUGAUCAAGAGGAGGAAGAGGAGGAGGAAGUGGAUUCAGUUCUACCAGACACUACCAUCACCCUGUCCCACAUCGGAGGAGACACGUUUGAACUGAAGCGAUGGGUGAGUGAGACGUCAACUGUCAGUCUGGAGUCAGAGAGGGAGAGGGUCCAGAGGGAGCUGGAGGAGACAGCAGCGGAGGAAGGGAGGAGGCACCAGCACAUCUCGGCCAAGCAGAGAAGGGAUAUGAAAAGACAGGAUUCGCAACCAACUGACAGAGGGGAGGCCCCUGCCCCCCAUCCUAAUCCUCCUCCAACUCAGUCCAAGAAGAAGAAACAGCAAAUGCAGACACAACAGCCACCAGUUCAGGUCAAGAGAGGCCAAAAGGCAAAGCAGAAGAAGAUGAGGGACAAGUAUGGCGACCAGGACGAGGAGGAGAGAGAGCUGAGGAUGAAAAUUCUCGCGUCUGGUCAACCGUCCAAACAACAGCCGCAACAGCAAUCUCAGCAAAAGGGUGGAAGGAAAGGCCAGAAGAACCGAAACGCACCGACCAACCCCAAACACAAGUACCACCAGAAGUCCCGAGGAAAAGAUCAGCUCUCGGCGAUAUCAGAUGUUCCCCGUCGCAAGCAACUGGACCCGCAGUUUGUGUCCACUACAUCUGUUCCCGCUGAGGGAACGGAUGUGGUGGGGGAGGGGGGAGAAAAUUUAGGCCCCCUGGUAGUUGUAGGGGAACCAGAUAUUGUGGUGGAGGAUGUGGAGACUGUUGAUGGUGCGGCUGCUGGUGUAGAGGAAGAGGAGGAGGAGGAGGAAGAGGAGGGGGAAGACGGACAAGAGGAAAGUGAAGAUGGAAAAGAGGGUGGUGCGGAAGUUGGAGGAAAAGAGGAAAAGGAAGAAAGUGCGAGUGAAGGGACAGAGAAAUCAAAGGGCAAAGAAGAGGAGAAAAUUGUCCCGGUUGAUUUGUCCUCUGCUGAUGUAGCUACUGCUGCUACUAAUGGAGCCACUGCUACCACUGAUGACUCACUGGAGAGGGAGUACGAGGGCAAUGGAGAGGAUUCAGACGAGGAAGAGAAGAAAGCGAUACUGGCAGAUGAAAAUAUCCAUCAACUCGAUGACACGGAGAAGGACCAGUUGUCAAUACUGGAUUCCUUCACGGGAUCUCCCGUACCAGAGGACAUUAUGAUCUACGCCAUUCCAGUUUGUGCACCAUACACUGCAGUCACCAGCUACAAGUACAGAGUCAAGUUAGUCCCAGGGACAAACAAGAGAGGGAAAGCUGCCAGAGCAGCUCUUCACAGAUUCAUUCAGUCCAGAGAUUCGUCCCAGAGAGAAAAAGAUCUACUGAAGAGUGUCAAAGACAACGAUCUGUCUCGAUAUAUCCCGGGGAAGGUUAAGAUAUCCAUACCACAGUCACAAGGACAGAGACGUACACACAAAUAGUAUAGCAUCGCCCCCAUUUGUUUCUCUUAUUACGAUUCCUUCUCACGUGGUUCUCUUAUGGUACCC